AUGACAACCACGGUUCUUCCCGUAGGUUCCGACAGGGCCUAUGACUACGUCAUUGUCGGCGGAGGCACCGCUGGCUGCGUCCUGGGCGCCCGGCUUGCCCAAUACCAGAGCGCCGGGUGCUCAUCAUCGAAGCCGAACCUCAAAGAGUGGCAGAGCGUUCUUGGUGGUGACCUUGAUUACGAUUACGGGACAACGGAGCAGCCCAAUGGGAACAGCCAUAUCCGUCAGUCACGAGCCAAAGUCUUGGACGGAUGUUCUUCCCACAAUACCAUGAUUGCAUUUCGCCCAUUCCGGUACGACAUGAAGCGAUGGGUUGCUCAAGGCUGCCACGGCUGGGAUUGGGUGACUAUGAUGCAACACGUGGAUCAGCUGCGCAACCAAGUGCAGCCUGUCCACAACCGUCAUCGCAACCAACUGACCAAGGACUGGGUUCAGUCAUGCUCUACGGCAAUGAAAAUUCCAGUGAUUCAGGACUUCAACGCCGAGAUACUUGACAAGGGCCAAUUGGAGCAGGGGGCCGGCUUUUUCAACAUUGCAUACAAUCCCGACACCCACCAACGAAGCAGCGCUUCUGUCGCCUACAUCCAUCCCAUCAUCUGCGGAGAGGAGCGUCGCCCGAACUUAACUGUUUUGACUGAAGCGCACGUCUCCAAAAUCAAAAUUGAGAAGGACGUGGCGACUAGCCCUAUGAUUUCCCUCAAGUCGGGCGGUCAACGUGUCAUCGUCCCCAGGAAGGAAAUCAUUCUGUGCGCCGGUGCCAUAGAUACGCCACGGCUCAUGCUUUUGUCCGGCCUCGGCCCCAAGAGCCAGCUCGAAGGGCUGGGAAUCGACGUCGUCAAAGACAUUCCUGGCGUCGGCGAGAACCUCCAGGAUCACCCGGAAGGAAUCAUCAUGUGGGAGCUAAACAGGCCGGUCCCGCCUAACCAGACCACGAUGAACUCUGAUGCCGGGCUCUUCCUACGGCGAGAGCCAACAGACGCCGCCGGCAGCGACGGGAAUGUGGCGGACUUGAUGAUGCACUGUUAUCAGGCCCCCUAUUCCCACCAUACCGAGCGAGCUGGGUUCGAAUUCAUCCCCGACCCUUACGUCUUCUGCAUGAUUCCAAACAUCCCCCGACCCCGUUCGCGAGGCCGGGUUUAUCUCACGUCGGCCAAGCCUGCCGUCAACCCGGCCCUCGACUUUCAGUGUUUCUCCGAUCCCGAAGGAUACGAUGCUGCACCCAUGACCUGGGGAAUUAAGGCGGCCCGUAAAAUCGCCCGGCAAAGUCCAUUUAAAGGAUGGUUGAAACGAGAGGUAGCGCCAGGUCCAGCCUACCAGACUGACGACGACAUCAGCAAAUAUGCUCGCAGCGUCCACCAUACAGUGUACCACCCGUGCGGAACCACUAAGAUGGGUGAUGUUACGCGUGACGAAAUGGCUGUUGUAGACCCGCAACUUAGGGUCCGAGGUUUGAGUGGACUGCGCAUUGCUAAUGCUGCUGGCGCCCUGGCCAGCGAGUCGCUGCUCAUCAUCGAUCCACAGAUCGUCUACCAUCCAUGUCUUGGCAUCUUUGGUCGUCGGGUCGGGCGUCUCAUCGGAGAAGUAGCCUGGGCGGGAAACUUAGUCAAGAGCGCCGGCCUGCUUGUUCGUCUUCCGCAGUUCGGCGUUUCUGCCCACGCUCAUGGCUUUAUUCUCCGAGCGACCGAGCACGUGCUGGAAUCACGCGGGAAAAUUGCCGAGAGCCAGCAGGCCACGGAUGAUGAGCAAGUGCAGCGACAAGAUCAGAGACGUCACCUGGUCCGGGCCAGAGCUGAGAUGGACGUGGAUAAUCCAGCUGACAAAGGGGUGCCAGAUGAUAGGUUUCUGGAGUCUAUUUUGAUAUCACUAGCCAAGCGCUACUCGAAUCAAAUGCGACGAAAGGACGUCCUUAUUUAG